CAGGGUGUGUUGUCAGCAGGUGGUGGGUGAGGGGCUGUGGACCAUUCCUAGUCUUACUCCUCUGACUGGGUUGAUGUCUCUUUGAUGGUGGGGGUCUUUGGUGCUGAACUACUGCAGGUGCAUGUCUCUGGUGGUAUCCUGCUGCAGUCUGGGGUUUUUGGUGGUGUCCUCAUGUAGGUGGGGGUCUUUGGUGUUGUCCUGGUGCAUGAGGUGCUCUCAGGUAGAGUUUUGCAUGGGGUGGGGCACCCCAGUGAUGUCCAGCUGUGUGUGUGGUUGUGGUGUGUUUGGUGGAUUGGCAGGUGUCUUGUUUUGAGGGGUGUUGAGGUAGUCUGUCUGCCCCGUGAAAUGUAGUUCAGUGUUUUUUCAAACACAUUUACACAUUUCCUUUUUUAUGUGCACAUGGUCAUAGAGGUCUCUGGUUGUGAUGGUGGGGUGAUGAGCCAGGUGCAUAUUGGGAAGGAGGGCACAUCCUCUGGAGAUAUCAGCAUUGACUCUUUGGAUGGUGUCUGGGCGAAAGUCUCUGUGGGGUAGGAGAGUGGAGAUGGAUGAGGAAUUGGAAACGUUUCUGGAAGAUCAGAAGAUGAAGAUAGCAGAAGAGAAGGCCUGUCUGGAACAGGAUCCCCCUUACAUGGAGAUCAGGAGACGUAAAGGCCACAGUCUCCAGAAAGAGAAUAUCUCUCCACUCACAAUCCAGCAAGAUGGAGUGAGUCUGCCGCUCGGAGAGAAAUAUGAAAGGAAGAAACACAAACUGCAGGAAGAGCUCAGGAAAGACUACAGGAAAUACAUGGCAGAGAAAGAUCAAUGGGAUACUGGUGACAUUAGCACAGUUCCAGAGAGAAGACGAAUACCCAGGACUGUCCGUGUGAGGGAUGUGGCCACCCUUACAGAGGUGUGUGGGCUUGGCUGGAGUAUGUGCAGCUCUGAGGAGGACUGCAGUGAUGAAGAACUAUUACUUUUACAAGGGAGGCGACUUCAGAGAGAGCGAGACACCAGAACAGCGAACAAAAGAGGGGAAUUGUACACAGAGACAGGGCAUCACACAAGCAAACUACAACACAGAAACAGAAUACCGGCAUCUAUGGCGACUCAGGCAAAUGAAAGAUCCGGAUCUGCGGCCAGUCAGGACACAGUUUGUACCUCAGGUCUUCUAAUAGGUUCAGUGGAUCUGGAGGCCACACUAAAGAGGAGAAAGGAGCGAUAUCGACGUGAACUACAGGAACAGAUUGCAGAGAAACAAAGACACAGAAGGAGAGAGAAGGAACUGGACCUGAAAGUUGCAGUAAUGGAUUCUGAGAAAAAGUUUACAACCAUUGUGAGUGAGGCAUCUGGUUACAGAAGAGUAAGAGAAAUUAACAGAAAGCAGACAAGGGACGAAAUGAUCCAACUGGACACGACUAAGACCCCUGAGAGUGUACUGCAAUACAGGACAGACCCUCUGUCUCCAUGCAGUAUGCCUUUUGUCCCUUCUCACCUCCCGUCCCAUGCAGAGGCCUACAAGACACCACAUAAUAAUGAUGAGAAUUUACUGAACUCCAGCAGAGCCUAUGGCACAAUAACAGGAAUUUCUCUUCUGAUGCCAUCAGGAGAGACACGUCAACUCAGUCCCCACAACGAGCACAGCAGAAGCACUCACAGACAGAUGUUUCUGGGUGAGAAUGAAGGUGUGGGUUCAGGUCUGCCAAUGUUUCCUACGCAUCACCCUCAGACAGACAAAGACAGACUCAGUUAUAAAGAGGAGCUCCGCAGUCAGAUAGAGGAGCGGGCAGCAAGGAGGAGGGCGGAAAGAGAGGAGAGGCAAAGAUUGGAGGCGGAGCUUGAAGCCAAUAUGAGAGCGUAUGAACCUUGGGGAAGGGGAGGAGCUGGAGCCCCACUUAGAGACAGCACUGGAAAUCUCAUCACUGAUCUAAAGCAGAUGCACCUUUUGAAUGAAGCAGCAACACAAAGACAGGAGAGACCAGGUUUUACACAGACACACUCUCCACAAAUUGCAAGAGGGAGUGUGUUCACCAAUCAGCAGCUUUCACCACAGCAACUUCAGGAGCAAGACCAAUACAAAGCUUACCUGAGAUACCAGAUGGAAGAGAAGCAAAGGAAGCAGGCAGAGGAGAGAGAGCGUAUGAGGGCGGAGGAGGAGAGGGAGGAGAGAAGACUGGCUGAACAGAGAGAGAAAAUCAGGAGGGAGUAUGAAGAGGAGCAAGAGAGCAGGAAACGCAGAGAGAUGGAGCAAAAGCUAAAGAAUGAAGAACUUGCUCGACUGGCAGAGGAGAGACGGAGGGAUGCUGAGAAAAAGAAGAAAGAAGAAGUGGAAAAAGAGAGAGCAGCUCUCAGAAAGCUAGAAGAGGAAGAGAGACGAAUACGGCUGCAGCAAAUUCCACGUGAGCCGUCUCCCCCCAUCCCCACCUUGCAGAAUAAACACCGCAACCCUCCAAAUACUAUGGAUUUCUCGCUAUUUCAGGUUCCUCCAUCUGCAGGCAACAGAAACCAGCUGAGAGUAGAAAAGGACAGGAGUGAGGUCGUUAAUGAGCUAUGUGCAUUAAGGAGAUGUCUGCACAGUGAACAGCGGCGUUUGGAAGAGCAGCUCUUGCAGACAGAGUGGGAUCAUCUCCCCUCCCCCCUCACUGACAGGCACAGGGUGGAUGUGUUUGACAUGGCACGUUUGCGUAUGCCUGUACGCGGCCCUUCUCGUGGCACUGAGCCAGUAAGCUUAAAGGGAAAGGAUGACAUCAUGCAAAGGGAUGUCUUUUUGCCUAGAACACGACAUUCUAGGAGCAGAAAUGUUGAGGGCGGCAGAGGAUCUGUGCUUCUGUCAGAGAGUGAAUUUAUUGAUCUGAAUGGAGCUGCUUUUCCAGUUCCUCCAGAUGUCGAAAGGAAGUCUCCUAAGCUCUCGGCACGGGAACGACGCAGACUAGCAAACCUUCAGUCGGCAGUGGAAAGGCAACAGGUACCGCAGCAGUCCUUCAAUGUGAGGAAGAUUAGAGACACAAACACUCUCAGGAUGAAUAAACUACAAGUCUUCAGUCAUCACAACGUCCCAGCAGGAGGCUGUUUUGAUGAUGAAGAUGGUCAUGGUGAUGAGCAUUUUAACCUGCAGUCUCCUGCCAGACCUAGCUCCAUUGAUACAGCCACUACAGAGCCCUGGAUUCGAGCAGAGUCUUCAGACACACUCAGGAGGCUGAUGUCUGGCUCUGAGCUCUGAGACACUGAUCAGUGGGAUAUGCGUGUGAUUUUAAAGCAGUGAUAUUAUAAAAGGACAUAUACAGGAUACUGUGUGUGUAUAUAUAUAUAUACUGUAUAUAUAUAUACACCGAUCAGCCACAACAUUAAAACCACCUGCCUAAUAUUGUGUAGGUCCUCCUCGUGCCGCCAAAUCAGUGCCAACCUACAUCUCAGAAUAGGAUUCUGAUAUAAUAUUCUUCUCACCACAGUUGUACAGAGCAGUUAUCUGAGUUACUGUAGACUUUGUCAGUUCAAACCAGUCUGGCCGUUCUCUGUUGACCUCUCUCAUCAACAAGGCAUUUCCAUCCACAGAACUGCCGCUCACUGGAUGUUUUUUGUUUUUGGCACCAUUCUGAGAAAAUUCUAGAGACUGUUGUGUGUGAAAAUCCCAGGAGAUCAGCAGUUACAGAAAUACUCAAACCAGCCCAUCUGGCACCAACAAUCAUCCAUGCGAUUAUCUAAUCAGCCAAUCAUGUGGCUGCAGUGCAGUGCAUAAAAUCAUGCAUAUACGGGUCAGCAGCUUCAGUUAAUGUUCACAUCAACCAUAAGAAUGGGAAAAAAAUGUGAUCUCAGUUAUUUGGACCAUGGCAUGAUUGUUGGUGCCAGAUGGGCUGGUUUGAGUAUUUCUGUAACUGCUGUAAUGUGUUGAAAUAAAGUGUAUUAAUCUUUUAUGUGUCUAUUUUCAAACUGCAUCUUUUAGAUGAGAAUUUAGAAAUGGCUGCCUUUUUAUUUUUUUCUCUUUUUUGUUUUUGUUUCUAAUGAGCCCAGAUCAAAAAGUAAAGUUUAAAUUCACAGAUUUGUUGAACGAGGUUAAAGGAAUAGUUCACUAAAAAUGUCAAUUCUGAAUGCCACUGUGAACAAGCUUCUCUCAUAGCUUUCAUGAACUCACAUCAGAUGUCAAGAUUUUCACUGCAAAAUGAAUUUCUGGUUGUUUCUCACAAAAAAAUAUCACAUGCCUUCAGAAGACUUGGAAUAUGACACACGAGCCACAAUGGAAUAAUUUUACAAUACUUUGGAGUCCUUUUUAAAGCUUGAAAGUGAAUCUCAAUCAACUGCCAUUGUAAUAAAAAGAUGGACCAGGAUAUUCAUAAAAAUUUCUCCUGUAUUCCACAAAAGAAAGGAAGUCAUACGGGUUUGGAAUGACAUGAGGUUGAGUAAAUUGACAGAAUUUUAAUUUUUGUGUGAACUAUUCCUUUGCAUAACAUGUUUAUUAAAACAUGUUAUUUAAGUUGAAAAACUUUAUUUAUUGAAGUUUUCCUCAGGUUAAAUGAGUGUUUACUGAAAGUACUGCAAUCCCGAUUGCUUAGAUGCUUUUAAAGUGAAUGGCAUCUAUGAGAAACAUUCUCUCUCUCAGUGGAAAAACUGCUUUUAUUUAAACCAUUUUGAGACUGCAGACACACCAAAGCCAAUUAAUUUAGGGGCAUAAUGUUAAUUCCCACAAAUUAUAAUUUCGAUUUGUCCCUCCUUUAAAAAGAAUAGCAAAAAUCUGGGGUACAUUGAGGUACCUACAAUGGAAGUGAAUGGAGGCCAAUCUGUAAAAGUUAAAAUACUUACUGUUUCAAACUUUUAGCCACAAUAUGUAAAUAUGUGUUAACAUGAUUUUAGGGUGAUAAAAUCACUUACUAACCUUUUCUGUGCAUAGUUACAUCCAAAUUUACAACUUUGUUGCAAUGACGGCUCAUUGCUCUAAACCCUAAAAUGACCUAAAAAAAAAAAAAAAAAAAAAAAAAAAGCUGAUUUAGACAACUUUACAGCUCAAAUAAUACACAGGUGUUGACAAAAGAAUUAAAUGUAAGUAUUUUUAUAAAAUAAGCUUAACAUUUCUGUCUUAAAGCCCUCCAAAAAUUGGCUCAAUUCACUUCCAUUGUAAGUGCCUCACUGCAACUUAGAUUUCUGCUUUUUAAAUAAAAUUCUUUAAGAAGUUAUUUUUUUGUGGUAAUCAACAUUGUCACAAAUGCUGUCGAUUGAGCAUAACUUGUAUUAAACCUGGAAUAUUCCUUUAAAGUCUGUGAGCUUGAUUUCCUGAAGUGAAGCUAAAAUUGCUGCAAAUUCCUAAAUUAUUAGGUAUUAGUGUGUUUGUCUAGGACUGCAAAAUUUCAAUUUGAAAUGGACUGCAAAACUUUUAAAUGAUACUAUUGUGGUGUAUGUGAGUUUUAGAUGGUGCUCUGCUGUAGGGUCCAUUCACAGAUCUGCAAAGGGCCAAUCAAGGGACAGAUUCUGGUGUCUUGAAGCACCACAAUUAGUAUUUAUAACAGGAGUAUUCAGAAUAAUGAAAUAUGGCAUUAUGUCACCCAGUAUUUAUGCUCAAACAGAUUUGAUCAGUGCUAAUAAAAUUAAAAGGAAUAUACUGUAAGUGGUGACAAGGUGGUAAUUGGAUGUUCUGAUUUGUUCGAAUGUAGUACUGCCUGAAUAGUUUGCGAGCAACUGGUUUAAAAUAUCUGAAGAAGGUUCACAGUGAACAUAUUUACUGUAGAGUGUUUAGAGAAAGCGAAAGCCCUGUUAUUACCCUCAGUAUCGCUUUCAGUACUCGUUCAUUGUCUGCCCUCAUUCUCUCAUGCUCACUCUCCAUCUGAUGAAUGAUCUGAUUUACAUGCUCCUCAUGGGUUCUCUGCAUGUCUUUAAAUGCCUGUGCCUGUAACCGGUUAUGUUCCUUUAGGCCCCUUUGUUACUGCUUUAGAAUCUCAUUCCUUUUUUUAUUGGAAUUUUUUUUCCUCCCCUUUUCUGCACAAUUUGGAAUGCCCCAUCCCCAUUCGCAGUUGCCUCCGCAUCUGAGACCGUCAAUCCACGCAUCUUAUCACGUGGCUUGUUGAGCGCGUUACCACGGAGACCUGGUGCAUGUGGAGGCUUCCACAAGAGGUACACCAGAGUACUGCUGAACAGAACAGCCACACAGAAGAACCAUGUGUCAUGUUUAUCAUCCCCCUGAAACAUUAGCCCCAUUAUCUAAGUUGUAUUUGUAAUUAUUAAAGGACACAUGUGCGCAACAGAAAUGUCCAUGACCAAACAAUCAAUUGAUCAGUUUAAUUUAGAUCUGAUCUGUAAACUCCAAAUAAUUCAGUUCAGCUAUUCUUUCUUUCAUAGAUGUAAAAAGACCUAUUGUAAUUUAGUUUGUAAAUGAUGUAGCUUUUUAUGAUAACAUCAUUACCAUCAGUUAUAUUUUGAAAACUGAACAUUCAGUCAAGUAGAGGUUAUCAUACUGUAAUCUUAAGUCAAGUAUAAAAUUUACAAAACACCAAAAAUAGAUAUCACACCAAAGGCUGAAUGUAGGCUUGAGUUUGUACUUUAAGCAGUUCAGGCUUAAUUCAUUUUAAUGCAAAGCCAUUAAGGGUUUCGAAAACCCCUCAGUUUCAGCAAACAGCUGCCUUGCAAGCACUGUAAUAAUAAAGUUACAGCUGCAGUAACUAGUCGAUUUUGUUGACAUGAAACAUCAAUCAAUGUGAUUGUAAAUGCUGUCUGACUCCUCACCUUUUUCACAUCACCAAAUCCCUCUGUGUCCAGCAGCACCAGAGUGUGUCCUUCUUUAUAGGGGCGAGGGACACACUACAUCCAGAUGCCUUUGGUC